AUGUUAUCGAGAGUCAAACCUGGUCGAAGCCUUAAAUUACUGCGUCGAAAACAGCCUGUUUUAGUUGGAUUUGACAAUUUUGCUGGUAUUACUGCAUCGUACCUUAUUGCUAACCAUCCUAAAGUUUCUUGUGUUCUAUCAACACAUGAAGGAUAUUCACCUAAAUUACAAGCUUUAAUUAAAAAAUAUGUUAACAAGAAACAUAUGAAAGAUGCAAUGGAACAUGGUGCAUUAUUAUCAUAUGCUAUGACGGUGAAUUGUGGUGAAUAUUUACGUAAUAUUCCUGUUACCAGUGAUAACAUAUUUAAUCUUGUUACAUGGUUUUCGAAAGGCAUUGAUGUUGGCAAAAAAUUUAUUGUCAGUUUUGAAAAUGAUCUAUUAUUUGAUUUUUUGAUGAAACAUGGAGCACGAAUAAAGCAUGUCAAGCAACGAACAACAGCAACACUUCAUUAUUAUGAAUUAGAAUCACGUGGAGAAAUAUAUAAAUUUUUUUCGUUCAGUCGAAUAACUAAAACACCCGUGUAUAUUGUUACAGAUAAUAAGAAUCCGGAUAAACUGAUUAGUCUUUGGUUGGGUGAUGAUAAACAUGCUAAAACGGUCAGUCGAAAUCAAAUUCACGACUAUAUUCAUUCAAGAGAUGUUAUUGCAUUAUGUAAAUCAACAAACUCACUCAAUCUCCAAUAUUCUGAACAACAAACACGAAGCCUGAUACCCAGUCUGCCGGCUAGUGAUAAACAAAGACCUUUUAUAGAACAGCUCAAGCCACCAUCGAACGUCAACACUAAACAAAGUUCGUCUGCAUGUUCCAAUAUACCACAUCUAUCAACACAACCAGAACCAUCAAAGACACAAUUAACAAAGGCAGAACUAAACAAAUUAUCAAAACAGGAUAUAGAACAGGAAUAUUCUAAAUUAAAAAUCCAAGCGGAUAAUUACUGUAGCACAAUAGCGCAACGACCGCAAAAUAGAGAAAAAAAUCGUUAUAACGAUGUGGUACCCGACGAUAAAUCACGCGUUGUGCUCGCCUCUGAUGUAGACGGCGAUGGAGAUUAUAUAAAUGCAAAUUUUAUUAAUGGUUAUCAAAAAAAAAAUGCGUAUAUAGCAACGCAAGCACCAUUAACUGAUACCACGAAUGAUUUUUGGCGGAUGGUAUGGCAAUUUGAAGUUGGAAUUAUUGUCAUGUUAACAAGAUUGACAGAAGAUAACAAAGAAAAAAGUGCUCUCUAUUGGCCUAUGAACACGAAAUUCGUAACUCAUGGACUAUACACAAUAACAAACAUGAGAACAGCUGUGACAAAUGAUGAUUUUACCAUUACUGAGUUACAAUUGAAGGCAAAGAAAGAUUCGAAGAUUCAUCGCAAAGUCUAUCAUGCUUACUUUACUGCGUGGCCAGACAGAGCCAUACCAGACACACCGGACAGUAUGAUUCGAUUUCUACGAGAGGUUGAUAAAUGGUCCGAACAAGCUGAUGUCAAAGGACCAAAACUUAUACAUUGUAGUGCAGGCAUUGGACGUACUGGUACAUUUAUUACAAUUGAUAUAAAUAUAAAACGUUAUAUUAGUGAACAGACUGUUGAUAUUUAUCAAACUGUUGAAGAGCUGCGUAAGCAUCGUAUUAGUAUGAUACAAGGUCAUCAGCAAUAUCUUUAUUGUUUUACAGUACUGAAGGCUUUAAUCGAAAGAUUAUGA